GCAGAGCCCACGGAGUAUCGUGUUCCUGAGAAGGUGUCGGUCCUUCGCCCCGCCGCGAUCCCUUCACACAGGGAAACUCUUGACAACUUGUUCCACUCGCUGGGCAAAGCCGGGGCGUGGGCGCGGGUGGCGUGAGGGGAGUUGUGAGGCGGCGGAGCCAAGAGGGCAGGGCACCUAGCGAGACCCUGAGGUUUUGAACGGAGCUCACGCCGAGCUUUCUGGGGAACGUCCUUCCCGUCUGACGUGGUGCCUUCUCGACCGAGAGUGGCGCUCGCUCGCUCGCUCUCCCGCCUCACGCGCUCCUCUCGCCUGGAUCGGGACUUUCGCCCUCACAGGCUCCCCGCGCGCGAGCCAGAGCGCGCGCAGAAACGACGCCAGGCCAGCGGCCACCGCAGAGCCCGCCGCGCUCAGGGACCAACGUCGCGAGACUUUAUUUUGCUUUUUUGAGGGGAGGCAUCUUCGCUUUGGAGCUUUGAGAAAGUAAAGAAGAUUCCUGAGCUAUAAAAGAUGAAGAGUCUACUUUUCCUGGUGUUGAUUUCUUUCUGCUGGGCUGAUCAUCAUGCUGCCAACUUCACACUGGAGCAUGACAGAAUUAUUCACAUCCACGAAAAUGGACCUCGCCUCCUUGUGGAAGCAGAUCAAACAAAAAUCUUCUCACAACGGGGUGGCAAUGUUACACUGCCAUGUAAAUUUUAUCGUGACCAUGGAUCAUCUGACUCGGGAUCCCAUAAAAUUCGGGUCAAGUGGACCAAACUCACCUCAGAUUACCUCAAGGAAGUGGAUGUCUAUGUUGAAAUGGGAUAUCACAAAAAGAGCUAUGGGAAUUACCAAGGAAGAGUUUUCCUGAAGAAAAGCACUGAAAACGAUGCCUCCCUUGUAAUCACAAAUAUAAUGCUGGAGGAUUAUGGGAAAUACAAAUGUGAAGUGAUUGAAGGUUUAGAAGAUGACACAACUGUCGUAUCUCUGGACUUAGAAGGCAUUGUAUUCCCUUACUUCCCACGACUGGGUCGUUACAACUUAAACUUCCACGAGGCUCAGCAAGCCUGCCUGGACCAAGAUGCAGUUAUCGCUUCGUUUGACCAGUUGUACGAUGCGUGGAGAGCAGGCCUGGACUGGUGCAAUGCUGGCUGGCUCAGCGACGGGUCAGUGCAAUAUCCCAUUACGCAUCCCAGGGAGCCUUGCGGUGGGAAAAAUACAGUGCCUGGAAUCCGGAAUUAUGGCUUCUCAAAUAAAGAUCAAAGUAGAUACGAUGUCUUCUGUUUUACAUCCCAUUUUAAUGGCCGUUUUUACUACCUAAUACACCCAACCAAGCUGACCUACGAUGAAGCAGUGCAUGCCUGCCUCAAAGAUGGUGCACAGAUUGCUAAAGUAGGCCAAAUGUUUGCAGCCUGGAAACUCCUGGGAUACGACCGCUGUGAUGCCGGCUGGCUGGCUGAUGGCAGCGUCCGCUACCCCAUCUCCAGGCCAAGGAAACGCUGCAGUCCUACUGAAGCAGCAGUCCGCUUUGUGGGCUUUCCCGAUAAAAAGCACAAGCUCUAUGGUGUCUACUGCUUUAGGUCAUACCAGUGAAUGUACCUAGAGCACAACAACAUCCGAUCCAUCAUGUGAAGGAUUUUGUUUCAACGAACUCAUGCAAGUUACCAAAACUGUGAUAAAUCUUUUUUACUUACUGUAAAGAGUCAUUUUCAUAAAAAAAAACCCAACCUAUUAAUUUGUUUUGGUUAUUUUUUAAAAAAACUAUCAUUCAAUAGAUAUUUUAAAUUAAUAUAAUUUAAAGGAAGCUCUAGGUAAGGAAGUGCUUGAAGUGUAACUGUUUAAGCUACGUCAUUCCAACAAAGCAUAUUUUUUCAUGAAUGGGGCAUGCAAUAGCUUGAUGAUUGCUAGGACUUAAGUUAAGGAAUGUAAGGCUACUCAAAGCAGACACCUUUCCGAGUUUACAUAUUUGCAUCAUGUUAAAAUAGAAUAAUGAGAUCUGCAGGUCUGAACUACAUUAAUCUUUCCUUGACUGCCAUGUGGUUUUGCGAGCAGUUAAAUACAAAGAUGUGAACACGAGUUAAAGUGACAGUGCUUUUUGAAGUCUGCAAUACGAGAACUGCUUCACUAUUUAAAAUCCUGCCUUUUAUCAAAACCUGCUCAAUAAUCUCAUAACAUUCCAACAAGCACAGCUAAAUCUUCUGAACGUCAUUCCCAGUCUUAUUGUGUAUGUAGUAGAUAAUGUGUGUAUGAAUAAUUAAAGGAUGGGCCCUACCUUCUUCUUAAUGCAAACUAAAUAUGCCUGAGAUGUAUUGCAUUACCUUUGAGUAGCUUUACAGAGAGGAUUUCUUUUUCUUUUCUUUUUUUAACUCUAAAGGCCAUUUUGCUAAGCAGCAUUUACUCAGGGCAGUUAUAUAUAAAUGAACUGCUGGACAGAAAGAAACACAAAUGUCUGAAAUUUAGCAGCUUGAUUCAUGUUAGCUUUUAAAAUAGUAUUGUCUUUAUAAAUGAAGCAUUUAAAUAUUUAAUAUUUCUUUCUUAGUUAUACAUGUGAAAGACAAACAUUUGAAUGAAUCUUGAAACAUAUUUAUCCACUCUAUGAUUACAAAUGGAAAAAAAACCUCUGAUCCCAAUUAUGAAAGGGGAAGAUAUUUCUGUAAUCAGUUCCCCAUGUACAUUCCAAUUUGCGAAUGUAGUUUUUCUUUGCAUUUCCCCACUCAUGGUAAUGUCAUGCCUAUGGUGCUGUCUCUCCACUGAAGUAAAGGAGCAAGGAAUCCCCAUGCCCACAAAUGAUCAGGAAGAAUAUUAUCUACUUCACCCAGAUAGUUAUUUCUGACUCUCCAGCUGAUCAGUAUUCCGAUUAUGGGAUAUUAUCCCUUGCUACAGAACCCAGGAAAAGUUACCUAUUACAUGAUAUUCCUGAGGGAAAGUAUUAAAAGAGCAACAAAUGCAACAGGGUGGGCAGACCUGCCUAGAAGACAAAAAUUAGUUCGGAUGAAACUAAUGGGAAAAGUUAGUCACGAUUAACUGAAGUCCCAUGGCCUUCAAUGGAACUUAAAGUACAUUCUAAACAUGUUCGCUGAAAAGUAAAUCCCAUUCCAGUUAUUCCCAGAUAAGCAGAUUUAGGAUUUCAGCCCAACUAGCUGGACAGUUGACAGUGAAUCAAUUUUUCAAUAGUUACAGCGGCUUCAUAUUUCUAUAUCAAGCAUGGUUUCUUAUUUGCCAUGCAAGGUAGCCUUAAAAUAUAUGCCUGUGCUUUGAUAUACACAUCACAGCAUUCAAAUACUUGUGAGCAGUGUAGUCAACUGAUUGUAAUCUUUACUGGUUUAUUUGAAGGGACCAGAUGUACUGAUUGUGUCCCACAUUGGCCAUUCUUUCGAUAGGAUGUAUAGAAUGUCAAGUACUAGUUGGUGCCAAUAUAAUCCGCUCAGGGCAAUCUUACAUGGUUUAUAACUAAAAUAUGAGGAGGAGGAAGAAAAUGAAAGGAAAGGGCAUGUGCAUGCAUUGAUUAAAACAUAGUGCAAUUGUCUCAAGAUACCUUGUUGUGCAGUUUAAUCAACUUGCAGAUGUUCUGGUGCUCACUUUAAGACUGCAGAGGAUCUGUACCCAUGCAGAGUCUUGAACAUAGUCUAGAAAUAAAACAGAAUGAUGGGUCACUAAUGCAUUGGUGACACUCUGUAAGCAAGAUCAGAUAUAAUUUGGAACCCCAAAAUCUGGGAGAAAUGUUUUAAGCAGCCAAAGAAUUUACUGAGUGGAAGAGCAGCUGCAAUUCAUUCAUCAAUUUGUGUUUAGAAAGUUUGACUUUUGAAGGUUUCUGUAAUCUGGCCCAAGAUGUUAGGAAGAAGGGGGAGAGGGCAACAAUGGGAUAUAUGGAGGAAGAGAAAUGAAAAGAAGAGAUAAUCACUAAAGAAGAAAAGAAAAGAAAGAAACGGAAAAUCUGUUCCGUAUCCUGCCUAAUAUGUUUUCCUUUUCAGGAACAUGCAGCAAAAAUAUGAGAAGCUAAGAACUAACGUUUAUAGUCUAAAGCAGCCACUACAACUCCCAUCAGUCCCAGCUUGCACAGUUGGGAUUUGUAGUCUAAAAUAUAUGGAGAGCACCAGGUUGGGAAAGUCUGUUCUAAAGAAAAUGGGAGUGAGAAAGUUUUCCACUGGAUAAAGGAAAAUAUAUAUUUCAGCAGUUGCUACACUGCACUCUGCCUUUUUUAGCACCCUGAGACUGUAAUCCUAUUUCUACUUAACUGGAAGUAAGACCCAUUUAACUAACUGGGAUUCACUUUUUGAGUUGAUAUUAUAGGAUAGAGCUGUGAGGCACUUUUAUUUGUAAAGAAUGCAAGGUUAACCUUUGCAAAGUAUCAAGUUACUUUCCAAAGCUUCUCUCAGACAUAGAAUAAUAAUCCAAGCUAUCAGAACCAAACAAUGGUUGUAUUUUAAAAAUGACAUUCAUCAGUUUACUGUUAAGACAAAGGGCAUAUACUACUCUUUCCUUGGAACCAUGCUUGAUCACAUUUAAAUGCGAUUAUAUUCUGUAGUGUAGCACAACUGAUAUGCUUUCACAAAUAUUUCUGUGCAGUUUUUUUAAAAUAAAUAAAUCAGUUUCCUCAUGAGCUGAAAGAUCUAUUAACUAGGUUAUGCGGUAUGAGUGUAUUAGAGUUGUGAUAUAUUAUGGUUCCAAACAAACUCAUAAUACCAAAUGCAUCUUUGCAUGAAUUUGAAAAUAUCUUUUUUUUAAAAAAAAAAGAAUUGAAAAUGUUAACAUGUUUAAAGAAUAAGGUGAAUGAAAUUGCUUAAUUUUCUUGAGAGUCAGUAUAUCUAGAAUGGGCUUACAGUGUAAUUGCAUUGGAGUUUAAUUUAAAAUCCCUUCUACAAGUUUUACCCUUGAUUUUGUGGUGCUGAUUUAUCUGGUUAUGGUCAUGGGAUUGCACUAGAGAAUAAUUUUAUCCCCAUCCUUUUGUUAUGGGUUUUUGGACUUGGUUCAAUUUGCUCUCAACACUGCUUUCCUUUCUGCCACUUGUUCAUAUUAGGGUUUGGGGUUUUUCAUUUUCUUCUGAAGGUAAGCCAUGUGUACUAGUGAUUGUGUACGUCAAAACUACACAUUGCUUUUGCUUUGUAGCUGAUGAAAAAAUACAGCUAUUUUAAGCUCCUUGAUGUCCUUAAUUGUCAGUUGAGAAACACAUAUAGGGGGAAAGAGAUCACUCGUACAGCAGUGCAUCAUUUUUAUUUAAUAAUGAGAUUGAGUACACUAAAGCAUUAACCAGAAACUGUUUAACUUAAGUUAAUGGGUGGGCAUUUCUGUGGGCUUUAAAAUACUUUAACAAAACAAAAACCCCAAGUCUAUCAAAUUCUUUAACUAGAAGGAACAUCAACACAUUUUU